GGUUGAAAGUGGGCCUACUAGAGGUCUAGCAGCGGUUGGAACAGAAUUUAAGUGAUUUAUAUCCAUUUGUAUCUAAGUAUAUAUAAAAGUGCAUGAAUGUUUAGUGCGUUUAGGAACUUAUCCACUUACAUAGGAGUGUGUACAGUAACUUAGCAGUAACAGCGACCAUUUAGCCAGGGAUUAUGGCUCAGUCUGGGAAGCAACCGCAGGGCCGUGAAGCUUUACUGAAAUCAUACAACAAGAGACUGAAGGACGACGUUAAAUCAAUUUUGGAUAAUUUCACAGAAAUAGUGAAGCUUGGGUUGGUUGAAGAUGAGAACCAAGUUACAAGGAUGACACAAGUGGAAGAGAUUAACUUCCAGAUGCAAGUGAGAUCUGCAAAUAUUGUCAGGGCAGCAGAGUCACUAAUGAAGUUAGUCGCUGACGUCAAACAAUAUUUGAUACUGAACGACUUCCCGUCUGUGAAUGAAGCCAUCACUAGCAAUUCUCAGCUCUUCAAAGCCAAGAGCCAGGAGGCUGACCAGAAACUCAUGGCGCUACGAGAUGACAUGGCUUUCGAUCUCUACGAACUGGAGGAAGAAUUCUAUGGGUCAAUUUAUAAAGAGAAGUAAACAAAUGUUCGUGGUAAAUGUUCUCAAAUAAAAGGAAACUUUUGUA